UCUGAUCGAAGGAAGAUCGUUCAGGCAAAAUGUUGAGAAUCACAAUUCGGGCUGACAUAAGUACUCUUUGGGUCUUGUUCUGGAUCACAUAUUCUCAGUUUUUGGCCGUGUCCUCCGAUGACAUAGUGGUGGCAUGUGGGGGAUUUGUGAAGUCCGACGUUGAAAUCAAUUACUCAUUGAUAGAGAUCAAACUCUACACCAAACAAGGCUCCUUAAAAUACCAAACUGACUGUGCUCCAAUUAAUGGCUACUUUACGAUUCCACUUUAUGAUAAGGGAGAUUUUGUUUUAAAGAUUGAACCUCCCCUUGGGUGGAGCUUUGAGCCUACCAGUGUCGACCUUCAUGUAGAUGGCGUCACUGACAUAUGUACAAAAGAAGAGGACAUCAACUUUGUUUUCACUGGUUUUUCAAUAUCGGGAAUGGUCUUGAGUAAAGGCCAUCUCCUUGGCCCAGCUGGAGUAGAAGUGAAAUUGAGUCAUACUGGAACAGACAAGAAACUCCAAACUGUCAUCACCCAGCCUGGGGGAGCAUAUAGCUUUCACAAAGUGCUCCCUGGAAUAUAUGACAUCAUUGCUUCCCAUCCUUCCUGGAUUCUGGAGCAGAGCGCCACAACGGUGCAUAUUUCCACUGCCAACACAUUGGCUGCUGACCAUUUGGUGGUCGCAGGCUACGACGUCUCGGGGGAAGUACGCAGUGAUGGCGAGCCCAUGAAAGAGGUCACCUUCCUGCUGUACUCGGCUACAGUCAAAAGAGAGAAUGUGAAAGGCUGCAACUAUUCUCCAGUGGAGGAUGCAGACUCUGGGGACAGCUCCCUCAUCUACCUGUGUAGUGCCCUCUCCAGGGAGGAUGGUACCUUUACCUUUCCCUCACUAUCUAGUGGGGAGUACACCGUGGUGCCCUUUUACAGAGGAGAAAGGAUCACUUUUGAUGUUGCUCCUUCCAGAAUGAAUUUCAAGGUGGAACACAACAGUUUGACGCUCGAGCCCAUCUUUCGUGUCAUGGGUUUUUCUGUUACUGGUCGGGUCCUUAAUAGUGUUGAUGGGGAAGGUGUAGUUGAUGCCACGGUCUUCAUCAACAAUCAAAUUAAAGUUGUUAGCAAAGAGGAUGGUUCAUAUAGGCUGGAGAACAUGACAGCCGGUACUUACACCAUCCGUGUCCACAAGGAGCAAAUGUUCUUUGAGGCAAUAACAGUGAAAAUUGCCCCCAACACUCCACAACUUCCAGACAUCAUUACAGCAGGUUUCAGUGUUUGUGGACAAAUCUCGAUCAGCCGCCUACCUGAGGGCAUGAAGCAGCAAGGUCGCUACAAGGUCACCUUAACACACCAGGGCCAAGAUAAAACCUCAGGCCGAAUGAUUGACUCAGACACCCAGGGAGCCUUCUGCUUUCAGGCAAAACCUGGAGACUACAGUGUCCAUGUAUCUCUCCCUGAGGUAGAUGUGAAAGCUGGCUUGGCUCUGCAGCCUCAGGCGCUGGUGUUUUCAGUUGUGGACCAGCCCCUCACAGACCUACUUUUUACCCAAUUCAUGGCCUCCAUCUCUGGAAAGGUCUACUGUUUGGCAUCAUGUGAUGACCUGUCGGUAACGCUCCAACCAGUAAGCCGCCAAGGAGAGAGAAGGAUCAUACCUUUGUCAGGCAGCAGUGACAUCCUCAGCUUCUCUUUUGACAAUGUUUUACCUGGGAAAUACAAAGUAAGCAUGUCUCACGAGGAGUGGUGUUGGAAACAUAAAUCCAUGGAAGUCGAAGUUGUUGAUGCUGACAUCUUGGGGGUCGAGUUCCGACAGAUUGGCUACAUUCUACGCUGCUCCCUCUCCCAUGCUAUUACUUUGGAGUUCUUUCAGGAUGGCAGCAAACCUGAGAAUGUGGGAAUCUACAAUCUCUCCAAGGGAGUCAACCGUUUUUGCCUCUCCAAACCUGGUGUGUACAAAGUCACCCCUCGCUCCUGCCAUCAGUUCGAGCAGGAUUUUUACACCUAUGAUACCUCAGCACCCAGCAUCCUGACUCUUACUGCAGUGCGGCAUCACAUGACUGGGCUCGUAACCACCGACAAGAUCCUAGAUGUCACAGUCACCAUCAAAUCGUCCAUUGAGAGUGAGCCGGCGCUGGUUCUUGGCCCCCUGCGGAGUCUUGAGGAGCAGAGACAAGAACAGCAGCUGCAGGAGAUUCAGUUGCGGCGCCAAGAACGAGAACGGCGAGCUGCUGAAGAGGAAGGGGUCGUCAAGGAUGAUAGUCCUCCUAUCCAAGAAAAGGCUGAUGACCUGACAGGCCCCUUUCACUACGAGUUCUCCUACUGGGCCAGGGCCGGAGAGAAAAUUACAGUUACUCCCUCCUCCAAGGAGCUGCUCUUCUACCCCCCUGAAGUGGAGGCCACUAUCACAGGAGAGUCAUGUCCUGGUCGCAUGGUGGACAUCAUGGGACGUGCAGGACUCUUCCUGGAGGGCAAAGUGUCACCGGAGCUGCAAGGUGUGGAGAUCUCAAUCAGUGAAAGAGGAGCUACUGCACCACUCAUCACUGUGGCCACCAAUGAGAAUGGAGCAUACAGUGUGGGUCCACUCCACAGUGACAGACAGUAUGACAUCAGUGCCAGUAAAGAGGGUUUUGUCCUGAGUCAUGUAGAGGGAACCCAGGGAGAUUUCAAAGCCUUUGCUCUGGCUGGAAUCACCUUCAAGAUAAAAUCGGAGGACGGCCAUCCGCUGUCAGGAGUCCUUCUAUCUCUAAGUGGCGGACAGUUUCGUUCCAACUUGUUGACUCAGGACACUGGCCUUCUCACAUUCAAUAACCUGAGUCCAGGUCAGUACUAUUUCAAGCCCAUGAUGAAAGAAUACUGCUUUAAGCCGACAUCCCAGAUGAUUACGGUGGAAGAGGGUCAAAUCCUCAGUAUCGAUAUAACUGGGAGUAAAACUGCAUAUAGCUGUUACGGAGCAGUGCAGUCUUUGAGUGGUGAUGCGGAGAGGAACGUUGCCGUGGAAGCGGUGGGUCAAGGAAACUGUAGCACCUCCAGUGAGGACACCGUUACUGAUGAGGAAGGUCGCUUUAGACUAAGAGGUCUGCUGCCUGGUUGCAAGUACUUGAUUCAGCUGCGAGCUGAAGGUAACGACCACAUUGAGAGAGCCUUACCACAACAAAGAGCCAUAGAGGUCGGCAGCAGUGACAUUGAGGGAGUCAACAUCAUCGCCUUCAGACAAAUUAAUCAGUUUGACCUGAGCGGGAAUGUCAUUACAUCCCCGGAACAUCUAGCAACUUUAUCGGUGAAGCUAUACAAGAGUGACAACUUGGACAACCCCCUCCACAGUGUCUCACUGGGCCAGUCCCUCUUCUUCCAUUUCCUCCCACUGGACAGAGAUGGAGAGGGCUACAUUCUGAUGCUGUACUCCACACUGUCCCGCACCCAGUAUGACUUCACUCUACCUCAGGUGUCCUUUACUUCCACUGGCUACCACAAGCACGUCACCCUCACCUUCAACCCAACUCGCAAAGUACCUGACCAAGAUGUCGCCCAGGGCUCCUACAUUGCUCUCCCCCUCACUCUGCUACUCCUGUUAGCAGCAUACAACCAUGAAAAGGUCAUCCCCUUCCUCCUGCAGAUGGUGAAUCGUAUUCAGGGUGUAAGAAGCAUGGCCCAGGCCAGCGGAGACAGUGCUGCCUUGGACGAAGCCAAACGUCAGGCCAAGAGGCAGAAGGCCCGACGUACAUGAGACAGAAAACCCCCAAGCACAUUUGAAUAGUCCACAAGCCCUCAUUGCCAUAGAUAAUUGAGUCACUUUAAUUGCAAGUUUUCAACAAUGCAUUCAACUCUGGGCAAAGGUCAGUGAACUUUUUAGCUUGUUUUAUUUAAAAUAACCCCCCCCCCCCCCCCCAAAAAAAACAAACAAAAAACACCCGACCUCAGUUGCUCACAUUCACCGACUGAUUUUUUUCCAAUUCAAGCAAUUCAUUGUUUUAGACGUGAUCAAAUCAUGAGAAUGUAAUUAGGUUAACUCAGAUCUAUUUUUUGCCAUUAAAAAACACUUGAUUAUAUUGUUGAUAUUAAUGGUUGCUGACUGGUUAGCACAUCUGCCUAACAGUUCUGAGGUCAGGGAUUCAAAUCCAGCCCCCUGUGUGGAGUUCGCAUGUUCUCCCUGUGUACAGGGAGAACAUGCGGUUUCCUCCCACAUUCACGCAUGGUUAGUUAAUUGGAGGGGCGUACCCCGCCGCUCGCCAGAAGUCAGCUGAGAUGGGCUCCAGUACGUCCGCACCCCUAGUGAGUGAGGAUAAGCGGUUUUGAAAAUUUGAUGGGUGUUGUCUGCCAACAUUGGGGUCAGUUCAAGGUCUAUUUAUGGACUUGAGCAUUUCAUGUGGCAACUUUGCCCACAACAUAAAAAACAAGAACUAGCUUCGUUAACAUGGAGGGUAUUUGAUAUUCAAUGAUGUGGAUUAUUUUUACUGUAAUUCUCCCCUACUAUUUUUGAGACACAAAAUUUUGCAACUAUUGUAACAAUGUAACAAUGAGUGAAUUUUCGGUGAGUUUAGCUCAGGAGAAUUGGAAAUAUUCAAAUGGUUACAUUUUGUGGGAGUUAAAUGGUAAUGUGGUGUGUUUUUCUUUUUUUUUUUUUUUUUUUUUUUUUUUUUUCUUUUUUUCCCCCCUUUCUUUCCAAUCUAGCAUAUCGCUGCUAUCCGGCAGAAUCCUCGCAUCUCCAAAACCAUCACUUUUCAGGAAACCAAAAACAGGGCUUGUUCAUUUAAUGAUUAACAUUGCAUCGUCAAAGAGAACAAGCCAUUUUCAACACUUUCAAUUGAUCAGUAAUUUGUAAAAAUAACACAUCCAUGUGGGGACUGUGGGGAUUUUUUUUUUGUUUUUGUUUUUUUUUUUACAAAAUUUGGACAUGAGGUUUCUGCCCGACAGUGACUAUAUGCAAAUAGAAUAAUAACAAUUAACCUUAUUCAUACGCUGAUGCAUUGCAAAAAAAACUUUUCUUCCAAAUUUGACAAUUGUUGGUGUUACUAAUUUGUGGCAGAUUUGUUUGAACCCAUGUUAAACCUUACUACGAUUGUUUAAAUAUAUAUACCACAGUAGUGGAUAUUAUUCUGCAAAUGUACAAUUUAGUACUGUAAAGUCCCAUAUUACAAUUUAUUUCCAUUGAAAGUUUUUGAAAAUUCCUGGAAAUUUGCAAUUUGCAAGUGAAUGGCAAGUGAAAACUUCAUGUUUAUCUAACUUGUCCAGUGCCUCCAUGUCAUAUGGUGGACAACAGCACUCAGAGCUCAUUGAAUCUAAUAGUAUUUGUCUUUAAAAUGAAGAGGUUACGAUGAUUUACUCUGCUAAUGUCAAUGGCAACCUGAAUCCACCCGUAAUAUUAUUCACAAAAGAGGAGACGUUACCGUUUUGUUAGAAACAUCCGUCAUGCACUCCGUUUAACUGUCAGGGGAUUCAGAGAGACUUAUUAGCUCUGAAUGAGGAAAAAAGUUUUGUUUUUUGGUACACUGUGAAGAUUUUGUUGUUGUUGUUGUUGCUCCAUGGGGUGGGGGUUGCUGGGAAUUACCUGGAACUGAGAUUUUAAUAAUUUAUUAACAUGGAUUAAAUGUGAGUGUCUUCUGUUAGUGUGGGUAAACUACUCAAUUAUGUGUUGAGGUUGAGAACCCUCAACAGUGAAUUAUUCAUAGAUCUGGUCAAAAAUUUGAAUAAAAAGACUUGAAAUUUGAUGGGUAUUGUCUUACCUGUGAAAAGUCUUAAUUGUUCCCCCCAUUAUUUUCACUCUUGAUCGUUGAUUCACUGAAAAAGCCAAAACCACUUGAAUUUGUACCUGUGUAAAUAUUUUCUGAAGAAUGUACAUUUACGCUAACUUUAUUGGUUUGGCUGGGCUGAAUUGGGAAAUGCCCGAUGGGGUGUAAUUGUCAACCAGUUCAUUUUUGUUUGUUUUAUGUGUAUAAUAAAGUUGAACUGGCAGAAAAUGGACUUGGCUGUCGUAUGGUGUCGCCUCUAGGGGGCAAUGUAAUCCUAGACAGACUCUUCCUGAUAAAACAUGGACACAAUCAGGAUAACUUCAAUAAUACUCCUUUUUAAAAGAUAAUUGGCUUUUUGGUUCAACUAGAACGAGAAUAUAUUUGUAAAAUGCUAUAAAUUAAAUACUUUGUUGAGUCAUCGUUCUCGUGUAUAGGAAGUGUAAAUAUGAAAAACAAGUUGUCGGUACUACAUGUCUCAAGGGCUUUGCCUCUUUGUGCGGCCUGUCUACAGCAUAGUUUAAAUGUCACACAGCCAAGAGUCUAAUGAAUGAAUAAGUAUGAAUAUAGUGGCGAAGUCUGGAGGAUACUGAUAGGGGCGAUGGCCUAAAAAAAUAAGUAUCAAUAUUAGCUACAAGGUUAGCUGCUGAUGAUGUUACUUGGGGAGACUAUCAGUUGAAUACACCGUAUCUUUCAUUGUACACAACUGUGCAAUCUAAUGAGUGGCAUCAACAUUUGUUUUUAAUUUUAUUGCCUGAGUCACAGGGGAAGGACAAAAUAACCAUCACCACUGCAAACUACACGACUGCAAUAAUAAACAUUGUGAAUAUCUCUCUGUCAGUGACAAUGUAAACAGCAUUACUGUAUUUCUAAAAGUCGGAUUUUGGAUGCUACUCUUUAAAAGGAUGUACGAAUAAUCGACGAGUCAUAUUUUUGAUUAACAGCUUGAUUGAUGGUG